CCGUUGACUGCUCCUGGUCUCGAUUGUCCACCGCCAAGGCACAGCCUGCAGCCUGGUGCAGAUCCUGCUGCCGCAACCGCCCUCCAGUACCAUGUCGCAGAGUGGGGCACCCAGGAUGCAGGAGGAGAACCUGCAGGGCUUCUGGGUAGAAUUGCAUUUAAACAAUAAUGAGAACCGGAGCAGUGUUCCAACCUCAGAUUCUAUUUAUAAUGGUGACAUGGAAAAAGUACUGCUGGAUGCCCAGCAUGAGUCUGGACUGAGUAGGUCCAAGAAUUCUCACUGUGACAGCUCAUCUUGCUCACAGACACCACAGGAUACAAAUAGAGCUUCUGAAACAGACACCCAUAGCAUUGGAGAGAAAAACAGUUCCCAGUCCGAAGAAGAUUACAUUGAGAGAUGGAAAGAAACUGAAAGCAUCUUGAAGAAAAACUCAGAUUGGAUCUGGGAUUGGUCAAAUUGGCCAGAAAACAUUCCCCCCAAAGAGUUCUUCUUUAAACACCCAAAGUGCACAGUUACUCUCAGCAUGAGAAACACAAAUGUUAUGAAGAAAGGAGGCAUAUUCUCAGCAGAAUUUCUAAAAGUAUUUCUUCCAUCCCUGCUGCUGUCUCAUCUGCUGGCCAUUGGAUUGGGGAUCUAUAUUGGAAGGUGCCUGAUAACCUCCACCAGCACUUUUGGAUGA